AUGACAGCCUCUAUUGUACUGAAUUUGGCCACUAUUCUACUAGAGCCCAACCAUCCACCAUGCUAUCAAAUUCGCAAGAUUCCAGUGAUAUUCAGCGAUAGAAUUUCAGUGUCAGCAUUGAAUCCUGCAUGUGAGCUCGACAUAGAAGCUGGAGAAUGCCGCGGUACAAUUGAGUCAUACGGCUACAAUAAGGAUGACGGAAUGUGCAUACCGUUCACAUAUGGUGGCUGCGGAGGAAACGAAAAUAGGUUUGGAAAACUAGAAGAAUGCGAAAAAGCUUGCGAAGAUUCGACGAAUCGCUGA